AUCGGGACAUCUCAGAGGACAUAGUAGGCAAGUAGAAAAGACAAGAACGAGCAAAAUACCCGUAGCAUACAGGUUUUGACAUCGAGUCAUCAAUCCUUGGAACCGUUUACCCAAAGUAGUGGUGUUCGCACCUUCAAUUGACUCAUUUAAGAGAAGAAUGGACACUCGUAGAAGCAUACUAGGAAAGGAAUAACAUAGGCUGUAGGUCUUCUGUCCUUACUACACAAAUCUGGAUCUGAAUCUGAAUAGCCGCAUCGUUUGAAUGCUGACGUUUAAAGGCUUCUUAGAAGUGCAGUUAGUGGGAGGUACGUAAUACGAUAAUUCGAUGGUAGCUUGUAAAGAACUUGUAGACGUACGUCCGAUCCCCUCUGGUAAUAGUCAACUGAAAUCAAGUCAUUUUAGAAAAAUAGAAUUAAUUCAUUCAAAGUGACUAUGAAUUUAUGGGAUAAUUGUGGCUUUAUUGACAUUUUUUACCAUGUUAUAUGAAUAUGUGGAUAUACAAUAUAAGGAGAACUAUACCUGAAUACAAAAACCGUUUUUUGACUGACACAUCGGACGUUCUCAUUCAUUCGAAAACUUAUGCCUAACACUUGCUCAGCCUGCCCGAAGAAAUUUACUCUUCCAGAAAUUGGUUCUGGCAUUUGUCAGUCGUGUAAUGAAUUUUAUUGUUCAGCCUGUUCUUCAACUGGUCCAGAUCGUACAAUUUUAUGCAACCGGUGCAGAGUUUUACAGUCAAAUCAAGCCAACUGGGAUUCAGUAAUGGGUCUUAAUAUCCGUGAUUUAAAAUGGUUUAUGCGACGUCGUAAUAUACCGUUCGUUGGUCUGAUUGAGAAAGAGCAAUUUGUGGAUGCAGUGCUGAGCAGUCUAGGCAUUACCACCCGAAGUACAAAUGCUGAUGACCAUUUGUUUCCAGACUCAACAAAACGUAACGUCAAACUUGAAGACUUGAUGUCAGAAGAAUCCAUUGAAAAUCUUUCUGUUCGUCAGAUCAAAGAUCUUUUAGUCUACAAUUUUGUUGACUUCACUCAUUGUGUGGAAAAAGCUGAACUUAUUGCCAGAGCGAAACAGUUAUGGCGCAAUUACAAACAGCAACAACCACUCAUAUUUGAAGCUCAAGAAGCAGUAGAGUUUGAAGAUUGUCAGAAUGCUGGAACAUCGAGUGAAAAAUGUCCAGUUGAUUUGAAUGAUGAAUGCGGGGUUUGUAUGGAAGCUCCAGUUAAUUGUGUCUUUUUAGAAUGCGGUCAUUUAUUUUCUUGUGUUGAUUGCGGAAGAAAGCUGACUGAAUGCCCACUAUGUAGACAAAGCAUUGUCCGCGUUGUACGUACAUUCCGUGUCUAACAUUCUCAAAUAAACCAUUCUGUAAUAUACUUAAAUAUCGAUGUAUAACCUUUAGCAUGAACUUUAUUGCACUUGUUUUUAGAUUUCAGUUAUAAAACACUCAUUCCACUUUGUGUACACUAAAUUGGAGCUAGAAAAAAUAGGGCUACUUGGUUCAAUGGUUAAUUUUCUUUUUCAAAGUUGAAUUACACUUCAUCGGGGUGUCCACAUUCAGAAUAUGCUUUUUGCCCAUAAUCAUUGAGAAUAGUCAUAUGAUGCAUUCAGUUCGCAACGACUAAUUUUUCGCCAACCUUGCCUAGACACAGAAUUUUGGUAAUUUAUUAAUAAUCUUAAGAUUUAGUUACCAUCAAAACUAGUCAAAUUUUCAAACGAUACUUUUACAAAUGUAUUGCUAUUGUUGAAGCUAUCACGAGUUCACUUAAUCUGCGAACGAAAAACAAGAGUUGGUGACCAGUAAGCUAGCUAUUGAUGCGUCCCAGCCCCGCUAACUAGA